AUGGCCAGUUUUGAUGGAUAUGAGGGCCGCAAGAAGAUCCAAGUGCUCGGCGUCCGGGUCGGCCAGACUGCGGAAACUCGGAGUCCCCGAGUCAAUUUGGGCCUGAACAUGCCCAGCGUGCGAACCAUGGCGCGCGCGAUCCUCGCUGCAAUAGUAGAAGCAUUGUCCGAGUUUGUCAGAGCGAGCAUACCCGUCAAGGUAACCAAGGAUCCGAUUUAUAGAGUUUCCUGA